AUGACAAAGCAGACGCCACUUCAUCGAUCAGCUCAGAGUGACAAGGGAAGUAUUCCCCAUCGAGGAAGCCAUACUUACACUAAAAGCAAGAAUUCUCUUCGCAGAAAUAGCAACAGCAAUAGCAACUCCCAAAACCAAUCCUCCAAGAACCUCACAUUUGUUUCCAAAAGUUGUCAAAAAGUUGCCGAAGCUGCCUUUAAAAAGUUGGAUCCUAGCAUUCCCGAACAAGCAAAACGAUUGCAGACUCGUCGUCGCAUGAUUUCCUAUGGCAAGAACACGCUUGGAUACGAUGAAUAUUUGCGACAAGUUCCCAAGGAGAAACGACAACCUCGCUGCAUGGAAACCCCAUCCACCCCCGAUUAUACCUUGGACAUGCCCAACAAGCGAUGGAUGGGACAGGUACGAGCCUGGCGACGGGCACUCCAUACGUACGAUCCUGCCGAUUUACAAACGGCGUUUGCGGAAUCUAGUAUGGAACAGCAAGCAUCAACAGCAUCCACGAUGGAUACUACUAGUGGUGACAACAACAACAACAACAGCAACGACAACAACAAAUCGGUACAGGAGCUUCAAGUGGAACAAGCCAAAGCCGCUGGAUUGCCAGUACAAUUUGCGAGUAGCAGCAGCGAUACUACUAGUACCUCUCAAAAUCCAUCUCCAACGUCAGUAAUGGGGGCAUCCAAAGUAUUUGAAGAAUUGGAUCAAUGGGAAGACAAACGCAACAACACUGUUGGUGAUUUGGAUGACUUUGUUUCGGAAGGAGGGGACCUUUCGGAUGAAAGUGACGAUGAUUUGCUGUAA